CCUCGUUGGCAGCCUCGACGACCACGGGUAACAUCAUUGCUAUCAUAGAGCUUUGCGGAUCUUUAUUUGGCGUUAGUGCUUAAAAAUGACGCGAAAUCCUGGCGGCUGCUUUUAAAUCGCUUUGUACGGUGUGGGGGAGCCAAAGAAAGAGAAAAGCGAGCUCUGGGAGUGUACACCGUGUCCUUUUCUCCUCCGUUCAGCCGGAGGACUAACGUUAGUACCUGCCAUGAACCUGACAGGGCAGUCCGUCUGUCGCAUGUCGGAGGAUGAAGCAACCUUACAUGGAGGUGAGGAGGAAGAAAAGACGGGGGUUUUUAGCGAGAAAACGGGGGCAGGAGCGACCAAAACGACUUCAUUUUCAUUCAGCUCGCAUCAGGAUUUUCAUUAGGAAACCGAAACAGCCUCUUCACGCUUUUCCGUCACGAAGCCUCUCGCUCGCUGCCUUACGGAACCGUGCCGUCUGACUGAGGCAGCCUUUCUUUUCUUCAUUUUCUGCAUGGUGAAGGCUGAAGACUCUUUGUAGUGCCUGUGUCUGUCUGGCUAACACAACGGGGGUUUAUUUCUCAUAGAAAACUCCCCCCGCCUGCUGCUACCCUCAGCUCGCCCCCCAAAGUCGUUCUCUGUGGAGAUGUCACCGUCCAUGAAGAGAAAGCAAUAUACAGCUAUAUUUAGCAUAUAUUCUCUAUUUAUGUAUACUAAAUUAUUUUUCUAUCAUAAAUGUUCAGUUCUAAACUUAUUCCAUCUGAUGAGAGACAAUUUAGUGCUGAUGGUGAAGAUGAUCCGAGAAGAUAAGUAUUUUUAUUAGCUUUUAACAGAAACUGAGAACCAAUGGAUGAAGAGCCACAGACCGCUGCUUAGGCCUGGCCUGAAUACACCAUUCUUCAUUCAGCUUUGGAGCUUUUAAAGCCCCCAAAUCCAAGGAUACUAAUUUUUUAUCACAGUUAUUUGAUGAGCAGCAAUGAAUCUUCGAUGGAGAAAAUUAACAAGGAAGCAAAGUAUUUUUUUACUUAGGAGAAGGCUUUAACAGAGUGAGCAAUACUGGAUGUGGUCACAGGCGUGGUUUGAAUUUGCUGUUCAUCAUUCUGCUUUGGUAAUAGUUCACAGUUUGUUACAUUUUACGACCGACAAGUGUGCUUUGGUGUGAUGAGCACAUAAGCAAAGUUUUGUUUUUCCUUAAGGAGCUUUGAACAGAGACUCACUAUUCCCAUAGGCCUGGACCGAGUUUAAAAGUCAUCAUUCAGUUUAGGAAUAUUUUUAAUCCCAAGAUGAAGGACCUGUGUCGGAUCUGCGGCCGCGAGCUGUGCGGCAACCAGCGCCGCUGGCUCUUCCACCCAGCCACCAGGCUGCAGGUGCUGCUGUCCCAUGCACUGGGGUGGGAGCUGCGGCGGGACGGACGUGGUGAGUUCGCCUGUGGCAAGUGCGUCUUCAUGCUGGAGCGCAUGUACCGCUUUGACACAGUCAUCGCCCGUGUGGAGGCCUUGUCCGUGGAGCGCCUGCAGAGGCUGCUGCUGGAGAAAGAGCGGUUGCGGCAGUGCAUCGGCGGAAUGUACCGGAAACACAACGACGAGGCCGCUUCUGCGGUACUGGAGAAAGACUGUACAGUGGACAUGUCAGGCCUUCAUUAUGCCAAAUACUGCGCCCUACUCCAGGAAGACCUGAUGUAUUCGAUGUACGAGUCAUGGGCAGAGGAUGAAGAGCAGACACUAGAGUGCGGCCACAGCCCCCAGUGCCAGGGUUUAGAGGCCAGGAGAAGGUGCAGGGGCUGCAGCGCACUACGAGUGGCCGAUUCGGACUACGAGGCUGUCUGCAAGGUGCCUAGGAAGUUGGCAAGGAGCAUUUCCUGUGGCCCAUCCACUCGCUAUUCAGCUAGUGUAGGUGGCAGCGUGUGUGGAGAGGAGCCAACUACAACCACUACUGUUGCCACAACAACCACCACAUCAGCCACCCUAGUGCCGGAUGGUCAGCCCAGGGCUUCUUCAGACAGUGACAGGACAGUAGGAGGGAAGGCAAGCUCCAGCAAUUCAGUGGAGUCUCUAACCAUGACCCUGGAUGCAGCUGGAGAAAUGGAAAAAGAUGGCAAAGAAGAGCAGAAUUCGGACACUCUUUCAGAGGAACACUCUGGCCCUCACCCUGACACCACAGGCCCUGCUGGUAAACUGGCUCUAGCACUCUGCUUGGUUCAGAACUUCACUUACAAACCAGUACGAAUUCCUCGUGGGAGUAAACUUCCUGUUCUGGUCAAGACUGGGUCUCUGGAUGCAGGAGCUAAGCUGGCCAGCCCUGAGCAGGCCCUGAGGAACACCUUUGAUGGAGCAUACUGUGAGCUAGAAGCACCAGAGCUUCCGAGGAUACAGCUGGACCCGGGGCUGGAGCUGGCUGAGCUGGAGGAGAUGUGGGACGACGCGUACGUGGAGUACAUGCCCUUCCGCCUCCAGAAGGUUCCGAAGGAGAGUCUGAUAGAAGAGCAGCAGUCCCAGCUGAAUCAGUAUGAAUCUGCUGCCGGACAGUGUGUGAGUGAACUACAAAAGGCUCAGCUGCAGGUGCAAUCUCUCCAGAAUAAGAUCCAGGAGAGCGAAGUCAGCAACAAGAAGCUGCAGGGGAGGCUGAGUGAAAUGGAGACUGAGCUACGUUCCAUCAGACAAGCAGCUCAGAGUCAGGAGAGGACCAUCCAGAGCCUCACUGAAAGCCUCACUACUAAAGAGACAGAGGCACAAGAGCUAUAUCAAGUUAUAGAAGGACAGAACACCACUAUGUGUAAGCUCAGAGAGAUGGCCCAUCACAAUCAGCUCCAGCACACACAGACCAUAGAUGGGGCUGAAGCAGGUUCUGUAGCCCAGCUGCAAGGGGAUAUAGUGGGGCUGCAGAGUUCUCUGUUCUGCUCUCAGCUGCAGCUAGAGGCCAGCCAGCGUGCUCAUAGGCAGAGCCAGAGAGUAGCAGAGGACCUGGAGCACGCACGCCUCCGCCUGUGCAGUGACCUGGAGGCAGCGCUGCAACACAGAGAGACCACUGAAAAACACAACCAGGAUCUGCGCAGCACAGUGCAGCAGUUGCGUUCAGAGCAGCAGGUGAAGGAGGCUCAACUGAAGGAAGGUGAAUGCGACAAGCACUCUGAGGUUGCAGCUCGUGACAAAACCAUCUCACAACUCCAGCUUUCACUGAGAGAGAAGGAGAAACUGCUGCAGGAGUAUUCUGAGCUGCUGGAUCAGCCAGCUGAUCCUAGCCGACCCCAGGAUGUCCUACUGGACAAACUAAAGCGCCGCAUACGUGACCGGGACAAAGCUUUGGAGCGUGCUAUUGAUGAGAAGUUCCACUGUCUGGAAGAAAAAGAGAGUGAAGUCCGCAGACUGCAGUUAGCACUUCGGGAGAAAGAGAGGGACCUGGAGAGACUGCGCUGCAUUCUGUCUAACAACGAAGAGACUCUAACGAGUCUGGAUGCCCUGGUGCGUGGUAAGGAGCUGGAGCUGGAGCAGACUCAGGAGGCAUGUCGGAAGCUGCAGUGGCUCAAACAGCAGUGUGAUGAAAAACACACAGCCGCUCUCCGUGAGAGAGACAACAUCAUCACACAACUACACAGCACGCUUCACACGCGCAGCAAAGAGACAGAGGACCUGACCGCAGCGUUGAUGGCUAAAGUCAUCCCGGGCCCUAAUGAAGUGGUGGAGGAGCUGAGGUCACGUCUGGCUUUGAAGGAACGGCUGUUCCAGGAGCUGCUGUCUGACCGUAGCAGGCAGACACAGGAGCACCACAUACAGGUGCAGGGCCUGCUGAACACCAUCAGCUCCAGAGACCAGUACAUCAAGGAGAAUGGUGAGAGGUUGAGGCAGGUGAUAGCUGAGCGAACCUGUCAGCUGCAGGAAUUGCACAGGCAGCUGUCCUCCCAGGAACGAGAAUUGAGUGAGCUAUCACGAGAAAGGGAGAGGGAGAGAGAGAGGGGAGCACCACUGGCCACAGAGAUGGAGAGACUGCAGAGUUUACUGAGAGAGAAAGAGAGUCUUAUACAGGAUCUGAUGCAGGGUCAGGAAGAGGCUAUGGCGACCUCUAGACCAGCAGGGGGCAUGCAGGGCCUGGAAGAUAGCAGCUCAGAGUUGGAGAUACAAGCUCUUAAAGAGGAGCUUCAGAUUGCUCUGAGGAAGCAGAGAGAGGCAGAGCGGGAGCUUUCAGAGUUGAGGUCUGCUCUGGCCAAACAUCAUGAAGACCGCACUAGCUCGGACCAAGAGAAUGCUCUGGUGCAGCUGGUUUUGGAGUACCAGCAGCUGAACCAGGCUCUGAGAGCUGAGAAGAAAGUGUAUCAGAACCUGAGCUACAUCCAGACUCGAGGAGACAGCAGCGCGGACAAGACACGGGCCUUACACACAGAACUGGACACGGUUCAAGCUCUGCGGGGUCAGCUGGAAGAGGUCCUGAGCAGGACCCGAGACACAGCUCUGGCACUGGACAGGGCAGCUAAGGCCCAAGCCGAAUAUGGAGACUACAGCACGGACGAGACUGAGGACGACGAUGAUGAAGACGCUGGCAGUAGCAGUGAGGAAUUCACAGACAGCAUAGAGGAUGACGAUGUGAAACUGACCGCUGAAAGUCUGGCUAAAACACAGAAUGCUGCGAUGUCUGGAGGUCCAGUGAGCAGGGGUCUGUCCCAGGGGGCCAUGGUCGGAGGACAGGAGAAUGAGAUGGAACCAAAAAAGAAAGGAGACAGAGAGAUGGGAGAGGGGAAAAGCCAGCUCAGCCAGGCAGGCUCCACCACACUCUGUCAGAACAGCCUGCAGGAGACAAAUGGUGAGCUACAGCAGAGUGGGAUUGGAUCAGGAUCUGGACUGGAAUCUGGAUCCGGUCCGAGAACAGAGAGAGAGGAAUGCAGGAGGUGCAGAAGGUGGGAGCAAAGUGAUGCAGACAGACUGAACCUUCAUAGCCAGGCCCACACACUUGGAGAGGAAGAGGAGGAUGAGUACGAGGAUGAGGAUGAAGAGGGAGAUGAAGAGGAUGUGCGGGCCCCUCAGAGAAAGCGUGGACCACCAGCUGUGACACUGAGAGAAGGAAUGAGAAAGAGGAAGUGUAUGAGACCGCACUCUCUGGACCUCGGAGCACUGCUGGCCCACAAUAGACCACAGGACCCAGCUAUGGAGAGGGAGGUAGAGGGGGAGAGUGGAGGUUCCAGUUCCACAGGCGGUGGAGGUUCUGCAGGGUUCUGGCAACACGUGGAGGCAGGACUUCGUGAGCAGGCAGAGCGUCUCCGUAGCGACCUGGCGCUCAGCCGACAGGAAAGCAGAGAGCUACGGGAGAGACUGAUGGUGUCUGAGGCUACUGUACACGCACAGGCUGAACAACUAAAAGACUACAGAGAACUACUGACUGAGAGUGCUGUGCAGCAGGAUAGUAAGCAAGUGCAGGUGGAUCUGCAGGAUCUGGGCUACGAGACUAGCGGACGCAGUGAAAAUGAAGCUGAGAGAGAGGAAACUAGCAGCCCUGAGUUUGAUGAUCUGGAGAUGUGCACCUCCCUCUCCCGGCAGCCCUAUGUCGGUGGCGGGAAGUCAUGGGGUUGGCAUGGUGACAGCGGUGGUUCCCAGUUGGAUGACCCAUCCUCUCUGCACUGUCUGGUGCAGGACUUGCGUGCGCAGCUCUCUCGCUGCCACAAAGUGAUCCGGGGACUGCAGCUGCGCGUCCGCUCGCUCUCUGCAACUUCUGACUACGCUUCCAGCCUCGAACGCACGCCACGCAAGGUGAACUGGGCGUUCCAGGCAUCCCCAGCUCACAGUGCGGUGGAGGAGGAUGAAGGCUGGCAGUCGGAUGGGCCGGUGAUGGGCCCUUUGCGAUCAAGAAAGGAGCUACAGGAGCUGGUGUCACGUGUGGCCUCACUGGAGAACCAAAUCCGCAGCAGCAGUCUGGAGGGGAAAGGAGGAGCAGAAGAUGGAAAGAACGCAACGUGGCCUGGGAAGUACAACACACUGAUCCAGGCUCAGGCUCGGGAGCUGUCUCAUCUUCGGCAGAGGAUGCGUGAGGGGCGGGGCAUCUGCCACAUCCUCACACAACACCUGGGUGACACCACCAAAGCCUUUGAGGAGCUUCUUCGUGCCAAUGACAUUGAUUAUUACAUGGGCCAGAGUUUCAGAGAACAGCUCUCUCAGAGCUCCUCUCUUGCACAGAGGAUCAGCAUAAAGAUCAGCGGCCGAGAUCGGUCAGAGCUGCAGGAUGACAAAAUGGGCCAUGAGCUGUUAGCUUUAAGGUUAAGUAAGGAGCUCCAGCAGAAGGACAAGAUCAUUGAGUCUCUCCACACAAAGCUGCAGCAGCGCCCUGAAACACCCUCCAGCAGCCACGCCCCCUCAGAGACAACAGACCAAUCGGACCGCACAUCCUUUGUGUCAGAUGAGAGGGGCUCAACAAAUGAGGAUCUGGAGUUGUGUUCCGAUGUGGAUGCUGUCAGCGAAUAUGCCCAGGAAACAGCUCCCACAUCUAACAAUGCAGCCUACCCUUCAGUCAUCCCUGCCCCUCGUUGUAUUCAGUCCCCUUUUGCCCUGUACAGGCACGAGGAGAGUAAGACAGGUGUUUAUUCUGGACCUUUGUCCAGCUCAUUGCCCCUGAGUCAGACCCACCACUGGUCCAACUCCUCAAAUAGUUUAACUUUUGACCCACUGCCCUUUCCUGGCUCUGACCCCAGGCUGAUGUCCCAGGCACGGCCUCAGCAGGGCCUGCAUAGGCCCCCAGUUCGAAGUUUUAGUUUACCUCAUUCACUGAGCAGCUACCCGCUGAUGGGCCCCACAGCACUUGAUUCCUCCAGUUACACCCAGCUAUCUCAUCAUUCCCUUCACCAGCCUCAGAAAACCGAAAGCAGCCUGGUGGGAAGUAGUGCACUGUGGGGCACAGAAAACAUGGUUCAGCCAAUCAGAGGCUUCCCUGGAGUCCCCGGCUACUCUUCAGGAAACAGUCAAUCAGGUGUGGACCUGAUAGAGGAGCACCUGUGCGAGAUUCGCACUCUGCGCCAGCGACUAGAGGACUCAAUCAGGACCAAUGAAAGGCUGAGACAGCAGCUGGAGGGCCGUCUGGCCACAACUGCCAGAGAUACAGUAGCACCCACUAACAUCUACAUCCAAGGCCUGGACACAGUCACACAGCUGUCCAAUGAAAUUCGAGUGUUAAAGGAGGAAAAUAUGAGUCUACAGUCCAGACUGCAGGCCAGCAGAGACAGCAGCAAGGAGAUGGAGCAAUUGCGGGAGGCGGUGCUGUCUGGGCGUGCUCGGCUGAAGCAGGCGGAGUUAGAGGCGGAGCAGUGGAAGGAGGAGCUAAGGAGGCUGCAAGCACACAGCUGUGAGCAGAGUCAGCAGAUUCAACAACUUCGGCAGGAGAGACAGAGUAACCAGGAGCACAGCAACAGGUUGCAGCAUGAGGUGAGUCUUCUCCAGCAGCAGCUGUCAGAGAGCAGGCAGCUAUUGCAUUCACUGCAGUGUGAGCUCCAGCUGUAUGAUCGAGUGUGUGCUGGAAACAAGAGCAGCCCAGCAGGUUACCUCUCUGAGAUAUUGUACCCUUCCGCUCCUGCUGGGGGGGAGCUGGGGGAGUUGUUGGUCGAGGUGCGGGCUCUAAGGGGGCAGAUGGAGCGCAGUGUGCAGGAGAACGGUGCAUUGAGAGUACAGCUGCAGAAACAGCUGGAGCAGCAGCUGUCCUCAGCCACUCUGGAGACCAGACCUUCAUCCCUCAUCCCGGCCAGCCCACUGCGGGAUGCUUUCUACAGACGGCAGCUACUGCAUGACCCUUCUCCCUCUCCUCCAGUGAGGGAUGUUGGUCCGUUCCCUGCCGGCCCCCCGUAUUCUCCUUACUCUGAGCUUGAGGAAAGCUCUCUCACAGCCAACGACUCUCUGGAGCCUCAUGCAGAGCUGGAGGGAGAGGCUCCCGACGGCUCGUUUGCUAACCGGAACGGUCGUCAUGCGAUCGGUCAUGUGGAUGACUUCAGUGCUCUGCAGCAGCAGGUUCUGGAGGGCAGGGGUCUGGUGCAGAGGAUGGAGGCCACACUGCAAACCUGCCUCAACAGUGCACUACUGGAGGUCAACGCUGGAAAGGCCCUGGAUUAUGCCAGCGUUAGGACUCUGUUAGCUAACACAAAGACUCUGAGGCAGAUUUUAGAGGAGGCAGCCUCUCUGCUGAAGAUGUUCUGGAGGGCAGCAUUGCCCAGCACUGAUGGCCCUGCCCACCUCCUCCAGAAGGAGCAAUCUAUGAAAGAGGAGAUCCAGUCUCUGCGUUUGAAGAUAGCGGAACAGGAGGAGGUUCUGCAGAACACCAUUCAAAGGCUGAGGAGCACCAGCCGCACUAAAGAGAGCAUGGAGACUUUCAUCGUCAGCCAGCUGUCCAGGACUCGAGACGUGCUGAAAAAAGCCAGAGCCAAUCUUGAGAAGAACGAGCUCAGGAUUUCCUCUUUAAGCUGCUCCUCUUCCUCCCUUUGCCAUGGUAAAGUCCUCAAAGGUGCCUACCCAGGGUCUUCUGAUUGGGGUGGCGUGACCCCCGAAAUCGCCAUGGAAACAGCCAGUCCGCGGCUCCCUAAAAAGCGGGGCAGGGAGUGCCUUCUGCAAGCGGUCUGAACCAGCCAAGACAAACAACACCUCUCCAACACCCUGCCUUAUCCUAAUAACCUCUGUUCUUUUCUGCUCUCUACUGUUCUCUUCCUUUCCUUUCUUCUCUUCCCCUGUCCUAUCCUCUCAUCUUCUCUUUUCUUCUCCUACCUCCUGCUUUCCUUUCCUUUGAUUAAAAAAAAGACUCUUAUCAAACUGUACUUUUGCCUUGUGGAACAGAAGAAGCCUCUGAACGGAUGUUGCAGUGUGCGUCCUGGUUGCCAUAGAAUGUGUUCCUCGCCAUGGCAACCUGCGGGCGGUUCAGAAGUGUAGUUGCAUGUUAGUUCAGCAUUUGUGAGACACGUUACUAAUACACAUGACACAUACAGAACCAAUGUCUUCUUUAAAAAAAAAACAAACAAAAAAAACAACUGCUGCCAAAGGAAAGAAAUUGGAAGGUGGCCGUUACUGGUGGAGAUUUCAUUUAUGCAGCUGAACAUACUGCCGGCGAAUCCCCUUGAGAAACUCAGGGAUUUUAGGCAAAGAAACACUACAAAGCCACACCUUAUUUGAGAGCCUUUUGGCUCCUUAAGCACUGAACAAAUCAAAGCCUAUGUUAAAGGCUCAAUCAGCAACUGACAUGUCUAUGCUCCGCCCACAAAUGUGUUCUUUAAAAGCUUUGCAGAACAUUAGUAGAAAUGCCAUUCAGCUGAAAGAGUUUAGUUUGAUUUGCUACAUACAGUUGUGUCUGUCCUGCUACCAAGGUGGACUGUGCUGUCAUAGCUAAACAUCCAGGCAGGUUGGAAACAAUCAAUUUGCCACCAUGCUAUAAUUAGCCAAAGUAUACAACAAAAAAUUACACUGAUGUUGAUUAACAUCAUUGACGCUCUCAAAAUGUUUAUAUUUUUGAGCUGUUUCAUUAUGCUGGAGUUUUCCUGUCCAGUCUAGCAAAGGUUGCUGCAAAACAAUGCAUUUGUAGGCGGAGCAUGGAUAUGCCAAUAGACAAAAGCAUGCCACGGCUAGCUCCGAGUUUACUAACAAAGAGCAUGGUGGACGAAAAAGGCGUUACAGUUUAGUGAAUUUAGCACUGACUUAGUAUUGUCUGAAAAUUGCCAGCGGGGGCAGUUGUUGACCGUCUUUUGGAGAGAUUCCCAUGAGCAUGUGCAAUAAAGACAUUGGUCACUGAAUGCAGUUGCGCCAGCUUUCACCCACACUGGAUUUGAGUAUGUAUUGUAUAAAGCUAAAAGACCGUCAGUGCAAUAUUACGAGUAUUAAUCACUAUUAUCAUUCUUUAAUACUACUGAUGAUAUUCUGGGACAGUAUUUUGCAUGGUGGAGGUAAAGAAAAGGAAAAAUAGCACCUUUUGUGUUGUGUUGUAAGGUGAGGUUCACCAAUACUUGCCAAAGUUUGAACUCCUAGUGUCCCUUUGGUUUUACCUUAUCUGUGCCAUUGAUUGAGGGGAUCUGAUUUUUGUCUAAAAUGGUCAGCAUGAAUCCUCAAAUAGUGCCAUUUAAACAUCUUGGUUGAACUCUUAAGCAAUCAUGACGUUGUCAUGACAUUUUAGGAAAGUCUCAGAGAUGAGCUAAAGAUGUCAAGUGAAAAUACUGGAUCAGAUUUCUUUUUAAAUGUGUAAGCAUUUAAAUUGAUUGUAUAUGAAUUAGGUGACAGGACCAAACUAUAUUGUGGUUUUUGAUGCAUUUGUUAGGUCAGAUGGCUCCAGAUGUUGAGUAAAAAAGUUGGAAAUGGGCAUUGAGUGGUUGAUCAUAUAGCAUUCUCCUCAUGAACUACACGUCAUUCUCCAUUUAUGCUGGAAUAGUGGUAACAAACUUUGGCAAGGACCUGGUGGGACCAAUAUUAGCCUGCUGAUGCCACAAUCAAGUAGCCAGGCACAGUUCAUUGUGUUCCUUAGCUGCUUGUAUGUUUCUGCUGUUUGCUUGAUUUUUAGCGCUGUAUAUAACUCGCUUUUUAUCACAGUAUCAUUAUUGUGUGGUUCACUAUGUUAAACACUUGCUAUAUAUGCAAAGGUUCAGUAUCUGGGUAGCUGUGCAAUAGCAAAAAAAAAAUUAAUCCUUCAUUUGGAACAAUUUUCUGCUGCAGUGUUCGGCUAUCUGAGACUGUCUGUUAGCCAGUAAAUGCUAAAGUGUAUGACACUUGGCUAAUUACAAUGCUAGUAAUGCUGGUUUACACAAAACCAGGAUAGAGAUGCCUUGCCCCAAGGUUUGUAAUGUAGUGUCUUUCAAAGCCCCUUACAAAGUUCUAGCCUUUGCUUGCCUUCAAGCCAGAUAACCAGUGUAAGUAGUUCUUUGCAGCAAAUCUUUAUGCUAGCCUGCUGCUUGUUGCUUGUCAUAGUAAAUACCAGCCGCUGGUCUGGCCUUGUUUGCACUCUGCACUAUUUGGUCCAUGAGUAAUUUUACUGAGAACAAAAAUAAAUGGGUAAAGCACUUCAAGUAGAAUAGGUGGGGUUUUCCCCAUUUCUGGCUUAUUUCACUAAUUGAAAUUUUGUGAAUCACCCAAGGACUUGUUAAAGGAAAGAUUUUGAAGAAUACCAAAGUCAAGCCAUUUGCAAAAGAGGAAAAGACAAGACAGUUUAGUGAGUGUAAGCAAUGCCCAUGUUUGAAGCGAUCAGUUGGACAAAUGCUGUAACCAGCCACAAAGAAAUGUAAAGAAUUGAUGGUUCCAAAAACUGUACGAUGUGUAUAUAAUGACUGAAGGCUGAUUUGUUGCAAUGGAUACUGGUGUUUGUGUGAUGCAAUAAAAAGUCACAGAUGCUUUGGGA